AUGGCCUCUCGGUCCCCUACGCUUCGCGCGUCGUCCGACCCUUUCGCCCCAGACCGAGAGAAGGACAUCCGCAAUCUCGAUGAUCUACCAUUCGACCCGUCGGCUGAGAAGAGACGUUCUACAUUGGGCUCGGCUUGGCGACGCCAAAGCGAGUAUCAAGAGACAGAUCCAUUUGGGAAGGACGACGAGGAAGAAGUCAAGUAUCGCACUUUGAAAUGGUGGCAAUGUAGUAUGAUCAUGAUUGCCGAGACAAUCUCUUUGGGUAUUCUGUCUUUACUGUCAGUUCUAGCGACCAUCGGAAUGGUGCCAGGCGCGAUUCUCAUUGUUGGCCUCGGAAUUGUGGCAACCUAUUCGGGAUAUGUCAUCAGACAGUUCAAGGCAGCACAUCCUUGGAUGCAGGCUAUGUUCUCUUCAAACCAGCGGGACCGCGCAGCUGCUAUCGGUCGCGAAGUCUUGGGUGCUGCGCAGACCAUUUUCCUCAUUUUCAGUAUGGCGGGUCAUAUUCUGACUUUGGACUAUCUGCUUGAACACACUGACCGAUAG